GAUCUCGCACGUGCCAGCCCCAUCUCUUGCAUUUCUUGUCUGACUGUUACUGCACUUCACUCUUUUCUCUGGUGGGCCUGCGGAAACCAUCUCUAUCUACCCACCACCAUCAUCAUUAUCUUCAAUUUGACUCUCUUCCAAGUCUUUCUUUACACAAAUCUUUAGGCGUUAACGGAGGCCCAUUUGUUGUUCACUUCAUUUUUGUUCAGAUUAGUGCCAAAGAUUGCACCUUUUCGACUUUAUCUCACUCUGAAAGAGAUUUCAAGGCAAAAAGCACAUCUUUUGACAUUCUAGAAGAGCCGGAAAUGAAGAAUUAGCUGUAACGCUGUGGAUGAUUGUUGCUGUAGAUAGACAGAGACCAUGUUUUUCUUGUUCUUGCUUGAUGGAUGAUUCUGCGAAAUCUGGUGCUAGAUUAGAAGUUUCGGUUUCAUUUGGUAGGUUUGAGAAUGAUGCACUCUCGUGGGAGAAAUGGUCUUCUUUCUCCCCCAACAAGUAUUUGGAGGAAGUUGGGAGCUUAUCAACACCGGGAUCCGUGGCCCAGAAAAAGGCGUAUUUCGAAGCUCACUACAAGAAGAUUGCAGCUAGAAAAGCUGAGGAGAUGGAGCAGGACAGCUCGAUUAGCCCUAUCAUCCCUAGUCCGAGCAAGGAAGAUCAUAGUGCAAAUUCGUCUGAAAAUGGGGCUGAAUUCGAUUUGUUCAGUGAUGAGAGAUUAGUUGAAGAAGUUGGAGUGGAAGCAUGUGCCACUGCUUUGACAAAUGUUGUGAUUGCAGAUGAGGAGAAAGAUGAUAGUGCUAGAUCAUCCAAAGAAGAUGAGGAAGGAUCUUGUAUGAAUGGUGUGGUUGCUUCAGAGGAGGAGACGGGUGCUUCUGUGGAAUCGGGAAGCUCUGUAGUUCAGGAACCUAAGGAUGAAGCCAACGCCGGUGUAGAUAACACUCAAGUGAAUGUCAGUAAAGAUGCAUUGUUGGUUGUGAAGGAUUCUCAACUUAUCUUGGAAAGACCUCGAGGAAGUAAAAACGUCUUGAAACAGUCGAGUGUGGUGAAAAAGGAAAAUUCAAAAUUGAAUACGCGGAAUGUAGCUCAAAAGGUACCUCCGAUGAACAAGGAGAAAAACUCGUCUAUGACAAGAAAGAAAGUCGUUACACCUCCAGCCAAACCAUUGCCAGCAACCACUCCAAGACACGUGAAGCCAACAUCGAUCCCCUCACCUAUAUCUGCCCCCCAAUCCUUGAAAAAGAAGGUGAAUAAUUCAGCACCACCAAAAAUGAAGAGUUCUCAGGUUGGACAAAGCAAGAAAGUAGCUCCUACCUCGUUGCACAUGUCUCUUAGCUUGGGCCCUGCAGAGUCUCUGGCCGCUCUCCCUAUGACUAGGAAGUCUUUGAUAAUGGAGAGCAUGGGGGAUAAGGAUAUUGUGAGGCGAGCUUUCAAGACUUUCCAGAAUCGUACCACUAAUGGAUUCGCCACUGAUGAAAAGCCAACUAUAGUAAAGCAUGCAUCAUCUACUGCUUGUGAACCAAAGACGUCCAGUUAUCACACUCCUACGAAGGGCAAUGAAGGGCUGAGAAAGGAACCUGAAAAGAGAACUAGUCAAAGGAUCCAGUCAGGAACGAGAUCAAAUCCGCUGCCCACUGGAUUGCGUAAAAACACUGCACUGGAUAAGAAAAGUCCCACAACUCCCUCACCGGUUACAGGCUUGAGAAGCGAUGAUAAAGCUGAGAAGCGGAAAGAGUUUCUAAAGAAGCUCGGGGCAAAAUCAAUUGCUAGAGAGGCAGAAAAAGCUCAGCAUGCUGCAAAAGCAAAGGUACGAAUGAUUUGCAUGAAACAUUCAAAAACAGUGGACCUUUCUCAGUCUCUUGGUACUCUUUCUGUUUCAACUGCUUCAAUAGAUCGAAUUUCUUCUGUAAAACGAUUUUUCAGGUGGGUGUUGAAAAUGAGAUGCGUCAAAGACCUAUAACAAACCGUUGAAGAUUGUUGCUUCAAGAUUUCCACGCCGAGAGUGACUACAUCUCGACUGGAGACCAACAAUUUAUGGCGAAAGCUGUUACAGUCGAGCUCAUGACAAGAACUGGCUACUUAACCUCCUCCACGGCCUUGCUACUCAGCAGCAUAUUUUUCGUGGUAGGUAAAGGGAAGAAGACAUAGCCCAGGGGGAGAUUAAGAGAGCUUAGAAUAUUGGUUUCACUUACCGCAUAGAGAGAAAUUCUUAAGUGUCCUCGAAAAAUCAUGUGUAUAAAAGGUUAAGUUCGAUUUAAGGAGCAGUAGCAGAUAGUUUUUAUCUUAUACGAUAGCAAACUAGUGGCUUUAAAAACUUGAUCAUGACUAAAAACUUCGAUGCCUAUGUGAUUGAAUUGAACUCGUCGUUGUUAAGAA